AUGGCGUCUGACGCCGCCUCAGGACAGCUCUCUGACCAUCAUUUUCUAGAUGGCCUGGUUGAGCCUGGAAUCCAAGCAACGCCCUCUAACCUUUCAUUCGACGAGCCGAGCAAGAAGAAUAUCGCGUGCUUUCCCGUAAAAGACCAAUGGUUCCGAGGCCCGUCCAGCGGGCCCUAUGUAUCGGUCUACGUGCUUGAUCCCCUCAUUACCGUAGAACGACACCAUGGUAAAUCUGGACAUGAGCUCUUCUUCCAGGACAUCUGUCUACAGUAUAUCAAUACUUCCGGCGAUGAAGAGCUCACCACGGAGCCGCAGUCGGAUACAACAGGGGCUUUCACUGUGGCCAGAUCCUCGAAUACGACACUCUCGGGAAAUCUCGGCGUCUCGCUCUCCCAGGUUCCGUCGGCGAAUAUCUCCCUGGGCAUCUCGCGGUCGAGAGAAUGUACCAUCGAGCGCAUUGUCAACACGUGGACGGUUAGCUCCCAUCGUGUCAUCCCAGAGAACUCCAAACGCCGCCGCAAACCUGUACAGCUCCCCAGACACCAAUGGUUCUGGGCGGCGAAUCAUAAAGAUAUCGCGACUCUGACCCCAGACCUAAAACACACCGUGAAACGACAUAUCCUUGUAAAACGCGCGAUACCGGUCGCGGACUUUCCGGUCAGGAGACUGGAGAGCGCUAGAGACGUCUUGCGGGCCAAGGCCUGGAGAGAGCAAGCGGCGCGCUCGGAUGCAGAGCCGUUACAACAGCUGUCUGCUGACCACUCCGUCCACUGGAAAGGACAUAACGCGUGGGAAGCGCUGCUAGAUGACUGGAAGAGGAAAGAUGGGCGAAGGUCGCUGGAGCAACUGCUUGAGUUUCGAUUUUCUAUAUUAAUCCGACUACGAAGGCGAUACGGCCGGCUGCACCGCGCGCUGGUGCUAAGCAGCAACCCCAACAAGGCAAAGCUGGUGGAACCCAUAUAUCGGGAUAAGUUUUCCAUCCGGCCGCCGUUCACACAAGAGUUCAUGCCCACAUCAAGUCAUUCCUCCAUGUGGCGACCUGGCCAACCGCCCAAUUUUCCUUCAGAGAGGUACUUACACAGCAUGACGAGCAUUCCCAUAGAGGAUACGUGCGACCUGCGAGAUGCGCUUGGAAGGAUAAAGGCUAAGUACGAUGGGAGGUGGGAUGAGCUGUACACUCGAGACUGGGCCGAUCUCGUGCAGGAUGAGACACAGAUGGGAGUGGUUGAAGCGGAUGGAAUCGUCGAUGCGGCGGCAGAGGUAACGGCGGAGGCAACGGCGGAGGCAACAGCGGACGCAAUGAUGGAGGUAACAGUGGAGGCGGGAUAA